AUGGCUAGCCGACAGCAGGAUCACCGAGCCCAAAAGAUCUCCAGCGCCAUCGACAGCCUCAUAACCCACCUGAUCCCCGAAAACCCCUACGAAGACGACCAUACCGCCGAGCUUCGACACGAUGACUAUGCGUCAGCCGUCAAGGCCCUCCUCGAACAACCCUCCUCGCCAAGCUACGAUGCGGACGUUAACAAUGCCUCCGAUUUGAUCAAGAGGAAGUUGAUCCAAGGAAACCCAACCCAGGCACUGCGCUUCUCCCACCUCUAUACCCGACUACUAUCCCUCCCCGUUCUCAACCAGAAGUGGGCGAUCCUCUACUUUCUAUACCAGCUCUCGGACUCGCCAGAUCCCAAUGAGCCCCUGCCUUUAAGCCCGCUUCCGCAACAACAGCCCCAUUUCGACCCUCAGUUCCAGCCUCAGAUCCAGGCGCAAACACCUCCACCCCAGCUUCUAAGACCUUCCCAACCGGCAGCAUGGCCUGUCGAACCCAGGAUCCCAGCAUAUGAAGAGGUUCAGGAUGAGGAGGUGAUGGAGGAUGCCCCUUCACUAGAGGGAUCUCACAAUGUUCCCCCGGAAAGGCCAAGACAUGGUAGAGACCAAGGUCAUACGCCUACCCAGAGUCACCAGGCUGGUCCUGCUUCAAGAGACGAGAAGGAGGUGGCACACGACCCUUCGGAGCCGGCAUUAUUAAGGGACCUGCCCUUCACCUUGCAAGGCCUCUCGUCGGCAACUCUGCCUUUUCUCAACGACACAACGUUGAAGCUACCACCAACGCUUCCUAUUCCUAUCAUCUCUCUUCUCAACACACUGGCCGAGCCUUCACUGCUCUACAGAGGGCUCAAUGAGUUUACCAAGACGCCGGCAAACGGCCUAUUGGGGCAAAGUCUACGAGCUGCCAUCAGCAAGGAGCUUCGGUCAUAUCUGACCUUGGUGGCUACCCUGGAGACGCAGAUUCGCCGUGCUCUCUCUGAGCUCGAUGAGUCUGCUCCCCGUGGCGGCAUUGGGAAAACCGGUGUUACGCUCAAGCGAUGUGUGGUAUGGACACGAGAGGCAACCAUGGGCUUACGCCUCAUGUCUCUGAUCGCGGAAGAGAGCAAAAAUAAGCAUGGUGGACAGUUGAUCACUCUGAUUCACAGCUUUUCGUCGUCACACGGCGACCCUGUUGUGGCUGCUUUCGCUGAACGGUUGCUUGUUGAUGUGACUCGCCCGUUCUACGAUAUCCUACGCCGCUGGAUUUAUGAUGGAGAGCUCCUUGAUCCUCAUAUGGAAUUCUUUGUUCGGGAACAGAACCCUCAUGACGAGGAGAGGAAAGACGCCAAAGCUAAGGGCCAAAUGAGUGUCUGGAACUCCAAGUAUGAGCUUGUUGAGAACAUGAUUCCGACCAUUAUAACGGAAAACUUCUCCAAAAAGGUUUUCCUCAUCGGAAAGUCCCUUAACUUCAUCCGCCACAGCUGCGGUGAUCACAAAUGGGUGGAAGAGUACAGUAAAAAGGCAUCCAGGGAGCUCAAGUAUGGCGACACAACUACCCUGGAAGCCUGGAUCGACGAGGCCCAUAGGGAGACCAUGAGCCACCUUAUGCAUCUUCUAAACGAUCAGUUCCGUGUCUUCGAUCAUCUCGAGGCGCUGAAGCGUUACAUCCUGUUGGGCCAGGGUGAUUUCAUUGCUCUGUUGAUGGAGUCAUUGGCCCCUAACCUGGACCGACCAGCGGGUGCCCAAUAUCGACACACUCUCACUGCGCAGCUUGAGCAUGCUAUUCGAGGCUCAAACGCUCAAUAUGACGAUCCGGAAAUCACGAAUCGCCUGGAUGCACGCAUGCUUCAGCUCAGCCAUGGCGAUAUCGGCUGGGACUGCUUCACGCUCGAGUACAAGAUUGACGCACCCGUGGACGUCGUUGUCACCGAAUGGGGGAACCGACAGUACCUCAAGGUGUUCAACUUCCUCUGGCGUAUCAAGCGUGUUGAAUUUGCCCUUGCCUCUACGUGGCGCAAGUGCAUGACUGGCGCGCGCGGCGUUCUCCAGACGUCGGACGAGAAGGUGCUUCAAACUUGGAAAAGCACCAGGGGUGUUCUCGCCGAGAUGGUCCAUUUCGUCGGCCAACUACAGUACUACAUCCUCUUCGAGGUUAUCGAAAGCAGCUGGACUGAACUCCAGAAAAACAUCCAUAAGGAGAACUGCACGCUCGACGACCUAAUAACCGCCCACACCAAAUACCUCACCUCCAUCACACACAAGGGCCUCCUAGGCGCCAAACGGCGGCAGUACCCGCAGACAGGCUCGGACCCUACCGGCGCACCACCCUCCACCACAGACGAAGACCGCAACUCCUACAUGGUCCAACUCAGCGAGCUCCUCCGGACCAUGCUCGCCUACAGAGACAGCGUGGAUGGUCUCUACAGCUGGUCCGUCUCCGACUUUACGAGACGUCAGGAGAAGGAGACGGCCGGACUCAUUUACUCGCACCGCGGCGGCACCCGAAACACUACCACGACGCGCGACCGAGCAGAUUCCCAAGCUGCAUCCAUGGCUGACUCGAUGGACCUCGAUCCGCCAUACGACUACAACGACUCCUCGGCCACUGGCGGUGACGCAGGGGCAGUUAAGAGUGAGUUCCCGGCGCUGCAGGACCGGUUGAAACAGCUAGGAGCCAACUUUAAGACGAGGUUGCAGAUCCUAUUGGGAGAUUUGGCGUACCAACCAGAUGUCGAUAUGCGGUUUUUGGGCGUGUCGAUGAAUUUCAAUGAUGUUUAUCAGCCGGUGAGGAGGAAGACGAAGAGCUCGUCGUCUAGUGCUACUGCUGUUCCCAGUGGCGGUGGGGCUACCUCUGUGGCUUCUGGGGCUUCUGGGUCUGGGAGUCAGGGGCAAGCUCAGGCUGGGCAGGCUGGGGGGGGUAUGGGAGGAGGAGGAGGAGGAGGGACGACUUUUCGUGGGACAGAUACCGCGAAGGCCUAG